AAGAGGAGGGGAGGCUGCUGCUGCUGCUGCUCUCGCCUUCCACAAGCACAGUCAGGGAGAGUGAAGAUGCAGACGCUGCUGGGGAUGAACCUCGUCGGUGUGAGAUGUGGCCCCCUACUGCUGACAGUGUUCACCAUCCUGUCCAAAGUGCACUCAGACCGGAAUGUGUAUCCUUCCUCCGGGGUCCUGUUUGUUCACGUUCUGGAAAGAGAAUACUACAAGGGAGAAUUCCCCCCUUAUCCAAAACCAGGCGAACUAAGCAAUGAUCCAAUCACAUUUAACACAAAUCUAAUGGGUUUUCCUGAUCGGCCGGGUUGGCUGCGGUAUAUUCAGAGGACGCCUUACAGUGAUGGGGUUCUGUAUGGAUCGCCGACAUUCGAGAGUGUGGGAAAGCCAACCAUAAUCGAGAUAACCGCCUACAAUAAACGAACAUUUGAGACAGCGAGACAUAAUCUGGUCAUCAAUAUCAUGUCAGGGGAGGAUUUCCCUCUUCCUUUCCAAGCUGAGUUCUUUAUUAAAAACAUGAAUGUAGAAGAAAUGUUAGCCAGUGAAAUUCUGGGAGAUUUUCUUGGAGCUGUGAAAAACAUCUGGCAACCCGACCGUCUCAAUGCUAUUAACAUCACUUCAGCUCUGGACAGGGGGGGCAGAGUGCCGCUCCCCAUCAAUGAUAUGAAGGAAGGCGUCUAUGUUAUGGUUGGAGCAGACGUCCCGUUUUCAUCUUGUCUGCGCGAAGUUGAAAACCCGCAGAACCAGCUGAGAUGCAGCCAAGAGAUGGAACCUGUCAUAAGUUGUGAUAAAAAGUUUCGGGCACAAUUUCAUAUAGACUGGUGUAAGAUUUCAUUGGUGGAUAAAACAAAGCAAGUAUUGAUCACCCAGGAAGUUGUUCGGGGGGAAGGGAUCCUUCCUGACGCAGGGGAGUAUAAACCUCCAUUGGAAACGUUGAAGAGCAGAGACUUCUACUCGGACUUCCUAAUCACGCUGGCAGUGCCCUCGGCCGUAGCCUUGGUGCUGUUUGCCAUACUGGCUUACAUCAUGUGCUUUCGGAGAGAAGGAAUGGAAAAGAGAAACAUGCAAACCCCAGACAUCCAACUUGUUCACCAUAGCGCUAUCCAGAAAUCCACAAAAGAGCUCCGAGACAUGUCUAAAAACAGAGAAAUUGCCUGGCCCCUGUCCACACUUCCGGUUUUCCAUCCAGUGACAGGGGAAAUGGUGCCCCCUCUUCAUACAGACACUUACGAUAACACCAACAUGCCCUUGAUGCAGACACAACAGACUUUAUCGCAUCAGACUCAAAUACCUCAACAACAAAUUGCAGGUCAAUGGUAUACCUGAGGAACGGAAACUCACUGAGGCCAUGAAUUUGUAAGACACAGGCGGACAAAGGAGCUUUCAUUUUACCUCCAGCUGCGGCUUAUUAUGGACGUAACCAGCAUCACGCCUCAGACUCCUCCAUCUACAAGAUUACGUGUCAUUCACAAAGGUUUUGUUUUUUUUACUUCUACGUUUUGUAUCAAUUUUUAACUGUUAUUCUGCCAGAUCUUGGAGGUACCAUUAGUACCAGAGCAAGCGGGAAUACCACAGCAAUUGGCAAUGCCAGAGCAAGCGGGAAUACCACAGCAAUACCACUGGAUCAGUCUGAAUGAAAAUUAUGAGUCAGUCAAUUUUGGGAAAACUUAUGUAUAAAAAGUGAUAAUAAAAAUCUGCAAACACAAUAAUGUACAUAGAUGCAAUGGAUAAAACCUCUGCACUGCAAAAUGUGUAUGAAUACAAUUA